AUUUAAACCAUACAUCAAGUCUCAACAUAAUCUAAGGAAAAAUUCAAAACCGGAAAACAAGCCCUCCCUGACCUCAUUCUAUCCAAAUAAACAACAAUGUCAUCAGUUCCUACCCGAGCUCUUCUACCACUAUAUACAACUCGCCAACAUGGUAUUCUCCUCACUCAGAGAUUACCACGACCCUUGAUACAUCGCGAAUCUUCAGUCCUUCUCAGAUCCUUCUCGACCCGGUUCCCUGUGGCGAACAAGCAGACAAGCUCAUCAAACCCAGACUCAAACGAACCACCUCAGUACCCUGCUUUCAGCUUCGACGCACUGGGAAUAAGCAAAGGAACGAAAGUAUUUGUCAUUGCAAUCCUGUGUUGUUUUGGGACCAUGGAGACCUGGUUCUGGUGCAAGGCUAUUUGGCGCUGGUGGCAGGGAAAGACCGAAGAGGUGGAGACAACUCAGGCAACAAAGUAAUUGGAAUGGCUAGAAGUGAGACAGGGACCUCUUGAACCUAUGAUCCUUCUCAUUGUGUAUAACUAGGUCGUAUCACCACUAUGGAUGAUUGCCGCUGGAACUACCUAAUUA